AUGAGACGGGAAAAUCAAACGCAUCGGGGUGAUACGCUAAUCAUGGCUCGAAUCACUUGCGUGUCAACAAUUUUAGUCAAUCCAGCAAUUUUCAAAAGCUUCAACGUUGAGAACGUCAAUUGUCAAAAAUGCAAAAUACCUAUGUCAUCAUUCGUAUCAUCAUCACGCAUUUAUCUCUGCUCCUGUGCAACGUCUCGUCUGAAGAGACGUUUACAAGAUUUUGUUUGAACGCAGGACGUCAUGGCGAAGGAAC